AGGAAGGUGACUGCAUCGCCGAUACUAUUUAUUCGUCGGCCCGUUCAGACUCAAAUCUCCCAAUACAAUCCAUACUUCUUUUCUUAUUCUCGGGACAGCACUUCCGAAAAUGUCCGCCCCCAUCCGAGUCGCCGUCACCCAGGCUGAGCCUGUCUACCUUGACCUAGCUGCAUCUGUGAAAAAAGCAUGUGGUCUUAUUGCCGAGGCGGCGCAGAACGGGGCGAAGCUUGUUGCUUUCUCUGAAUGCUGGUUACCCGGAUAUCCUGCGUGGAUCUGGGCUCGAUCUGUGGACUUUGAGCUGCAGACGAGAUACAUCUACAAUUCACUGCCGAUCGAGUCCGAGGCUAUGGAUAUGGUUAAAGCUGCUGCCAAGGAAAACUCCAUCGCUGUUGCUCUUGGUUUCUCCGAGAAGAGCCCCUCUCAUAGCGUGUACAUCUCACAGGCUAUUAUCUCACCUCAGGGCGAGGUCUUGUUGCACCGAAGGAAGAUCAAGCCCACUCACAUGGAGCGCACUGUCUUUGGUGACGGUACCGGUGCUGAUCUGAACAAUGUCGUGGAAGUGGACUUUGGAGCCGAACAUGGUAAGAUCAAGGUGGGCUGCUUCGCAUGCUGGGAGCAUACACAACCACUUCUCAAGUAUCACAGCAUCUCACAGGGUGAGGUGAUCCAUAUCUCCAUGUGGCCACCUAUUGAUCCCAGCAUGGGCGUUAACCAUCCUGGUCUGUGGAGCAUGACGGCCGAUGGGUCCCAGAACCUGUCUCAGACAUAUGCAAUUGAGAGCACCACUUAUGUGCUGCACUGCACGUCUGUAUGCACGCAGAAGGGCAUCGAAGUUUUGAAGACUCAAGAUGGGUUAGCUUGUCGUCAACCGGGUGGAGGUCAUAGUUGCGUUAUCGGGCCCGAUGGAAGACGCUUGACGGAACCGUUGGGUGAUGGAAAGGCUGAUACCGAGGGCAUUGUCUAUGCUGACUUGGAUUUGACAAAGGUUGUAGCGACUCGGGGAUUUUUGGACAUCGUGGGUCAUUACAGUCGCCCAGAUCUGCUGUGGCUUGGAGUGGAUCGCCAGCCGAAAGAGAAUGUCAUUGCCAAGCAGUACAAGCCUGCAGUGCAAGAGGAGACAGAAAACACUGUCUAUUGAUAGACAGAUCUAGUGUAGUCAGCGGUUAUAAAUCGGAGCUAGAAUCUCUACGUCAGCUGAAUAUUACCAAAUCGAAGCUAGAGCAGCGAACAUCUGCAUGAGCCUUAC